CGGAGAGAUAGCGAGAGAUGAACGGCGAUGCAGAGUGAGCUCGGAGAGUGUGAGACAGGUGAGCUCGUGGUGACAGGGAGCUCGCGGUGACGGGGAGACACUACGCGAAGCAGGGAAGCAACAGCAAGACUGGCAAGGAGGCAAAGAAGCAGUGACGCCCCACGGCAAGGAGCGGAGCAACGACGACUACGGCACACGCAGUUAAGAGAGAUUGAGUUGAGAUACGCAGUGAAUAGAGUGGGGUUUCUGCCUACGGCGAUGGUGGAGGCUGGGAGGAAGUAUUAUAUCUAAUGUAAUUUGUUAUGUAUUAUUUUCGUACUCCAGUGUAUAUAUACUCUUGUAAACCAAAUACCAAUACACAAUACAAUUCCUUUUCACUUUUGUAUUGUAAUAUGGUAUCAGAUGAGAAAUUUCACGCUUUUCCCCUUUUCCCUCUUUGGUAACCCUUUCCGAGAAAAUUUCCUAAUUUUCUCGCCACGAUCCUCUCUCGUAUUCAUCAUGAACAUCAUAACCACUUAGAUUUCUCCUUUUCUUCAAUCGAUUCUUUCGAUUCUUUCUAUUCUUUGAUUUCUUCUUGACUAAUUUCUGAGCAACGAUGUCGACCCUUCCAAAUGAAGGUCCGUCACAGGCGGCGGCUCCUCCGACUUCGAUGCUACGUUCGUCAAUUCCUGACGCUUAUACACUUCAUUCAAGUGAUCACCCAGGGCUCAUACUGGUGUCUCAACCACUUCAAGAAGAUAACUAUGCUUCUUGGUGUCGAUCGAUGCGUCUCGCACUCAGUGGAAAGCGCAAAAUCGGGUUCAUUGAUGGCUCCCUCCCAAAACCAGACCCUGCUCUUGAUCCAGUGCUUGCAGAAACAUGGCAAUGCACCAAUGAUAUAGUCACUACUUGGUUGCUAAAUUCGAUUUCAAAAGAUAUCGCAACAAGCGUGAUUUACGCUGGCUCAGCUGCACUUUUAUGGCAAGAUUUGGAAGCUAGGUUCUCCCAAAGCAACGCGCCUCAAAUUUUUGAGUUAAAGAAAUCACUGAUAACACUAACUCAAGGAUCUCUCACUGUUUCACAGUACUUCACAAAAUUGAAGAUUCUUUGGGAAGAAACUAACACAUGGACCUUGGCGCCUCUCCCACAAGGAAAACACACCAUAGGCUGCAGAUGGGUAUACAAGGUAAAGUGUAAGGCUGAUGGAUCAGUGGAGAGAUACAAGGCGAGGUUGGUCGCAAAGGGAUAUACGCAACAAGCUGGGAUAGAUUACAAAGAUACCUUUUCUCCAGUGGCCAAAUUAACUACUGUUCGGGUUCUUCUAUCACUAGCAGCCAUCAAUAACUGUUUUUUGUUACAAAUGGACGUGAAUAAUGCGUUCCUUAAUGGUGACCUCUUUGAGGAAGUCUAUAUAGAUUUGCCUCUUGGAUACAAGACUAAGGAGUCGAAUCUUGCGUGCAAAUUGAAUAAGUCCAUUUAUGGCCUAAAGCAAGCAUCCAGACAAUGGUUCUUUAAAUUCUCCUCAAUAUUAUUGAGCCACAAUUUCAAACAAUCCAAGAGAGACUACUCCCUUUUCACUUUUGGCACAGGUGACAGCAUAGUCUACUUGUAUACGUGGAUGACAUCAUCUUGGCAAGCUCUUCCAAAAAAAUGAUGUGCAAGGUACAACACUUGUUAGAAUCUAUGUUUAAACUCAAGGUUUUAGGUGAUUUAAAGUACUUUUUGGGGCUGGAACUUGCAAGAUUACCUGAAGGCAUUGUCCUUAGUCAAAGAAAGUACACCUUGAGCAUAUUGGAAGACACCAACUUUGUUGAUGCUAAGCCGAGUUCCUUACCUAUGGAGACAAAUCUGAGGAUGAGUGCCUUUGAUGGGGACCCAUUGCACGAUCCUUCUACUUAUAGGCGUAUAAUUAGGAGGCUAAUGUACCUUACAAUAUCACGCCCCGACAUCACAUAUGCUGUCUCCACAUUGAGCCAAUUUCUAUCCAAACCAACCACCACUCAUCUUACUGCUCUCCACCACUUACUGAGGUACUUAAAAGGGAGUGUGGGACAAGGCCUUCUCUUCUCUGCCAAGUCAGAACUGCAACUUAUGGCAUACGCUAAUGCUGAUUGGGCAGGUUGCCCGGACACUAGAAGAAGUGUCACUGGUUACUGUGUUUUCAUUGGUGAUUCCCUUAUCUCCUGGAGAUCAAAGAAGAAGCAACACACUGUCUCAAGGUCUUCCGCUGAAUCUGAAUACCGGGCUAUGGCAGCAGUGGCAGCUGAAUUAACCUGGUUGAAAGGUCUUCUCUCUGACUUUCAAGUUGACAUCCCAUCUUCUAUGCUCUUUUGUGACUCACAAUCAGCCAUCCACAUUGCAACGAAUCCCACAUUUCAUGAGAGAACAAAGCAUAUCGAGAUCGAUUGUCACUUUGUUCGAGAGCGAGUGAUGGCAGGAUUUCUGAAUCUCCUUCACGUUCGGACACAAUACCAACUAGCUGAUGUGUUUACUAAGCCUGUAACUCUAGCUCAGUUCAAUAAUCUCAUUUCCAAGUUUGGCAUGAUAAACAUUUAUCUGCCAACUUGAGGGGGGAUAUUAUAUCUAAUGUAAUUUGUUAUGUAUUAUUUUCGUACUCCAAUGUAUAUAUACUCUUGUAAACCAAAUACCAAUACACAAUACAAUUCCUUUUCAAUUUUGUAUUGUAAUAGGAAGGGAAGUGAGCUCGACGAUGGUGGGAAGAAGAAGAUGAACAAAAAGGCGAGCACUGGCGGCCGUUUGAAGACGAAAGAUGGCUUGGCAACAACACACACAAGGAUUUGAAGAAGAAAGAGAGCUUCUGCGAAGAAGAAAUGGUUAUUUAUUUAUUUAUUUUUUAAGUUAAAGAGGGAAUGGGGAUUUUGGG